AUGAAAUUUAAAGGUGUCGGGUUGGAAUCUACUUUGAUUUUAAUUCAUAGAAUCACACCACCAAUGUCUUUCUGUUUUAAAUAUUUAUUUAAAACCUUUACAAAGACUACCACAACUAUAACAAGAAGAAUAACAACAACAACAAAAAUGAUAGAUAAUGAACAAAACAAGAUAGCAAUUAUUGGUGCAGGAUUAGCAGGAUGUGCCAUGGCAGUAUUAUUGGCCAAACAAGGAUUUAAUAAUAUAGAUGUAUUUGAAAAGAGACCAUUGGAUGUAAGCAAGAAUCAACAGAGAGCAAGAUCGAUUAAUUUGGCAUUGUCUGCACGUGGUAUUGCAACACUACAAGAGGCUGGUGUCAUGGAAGAUACUGAAAAGAUUGCUAUCCCAAUGAAAGGUAGAAUGAUUCAUACUUUGGAGGGAGCUUCGAAUUACCAAGCCUAUUCAAGUGACACUUCAAAACACUUGUACAGUAUAUCACGUCAAUUGUUAAACGAACGUCUUCGUACACAUGCCAUGCAGUGUCGUGGACUCAACUUUUACUUUGACAAACAGAUUCGUAAUCUUGACUUGAAACGUGGUCAAUUCCAAUCGGUCGAUAAUGCCACUGGAGAAACUCUGAGUCACGGUGCCGCCACUGUCAUUGGAGCAGAUGGAGCAUUCUCUGCAGUCAGACAAUCAAUGACUAAAUUGGAUCGACAAGAAUACUCUCAAAGCUUUUUAGAGCAUGGAUACAAGGAACUCAGUAUUCCAGCCGGUCCCAAUGGAACACAUCUUUUGGAAAAGAAUUGUCUUCAUAUUUGGCCACGUCGUUCAUUUAUGAUGAUUGCUCUACCCAAUAUUGACGGUUCAUUUACAUGUACUCUCUUUUUCGCUUUUGAUGGCGAGGAAGAGAAAGAGGAGAGUUUUGCCAAACUUGGAAACGACCCCAAAAAGAUUGACCAAUUCUUUAGAGAUUUCUUCCCAGACGCUCACAAGAUCAUGCCAACAUUGGUCGAAGACUUUAUCGAGAAUCCAACGUCUUCGUUGGUCACUGUCAAGACGAGUCCAUGGCAUGUUGAUGGUAAAGCGGUGCUUGUCGGCGAUGCAGCACAUGCUAUCGUCCCAUUCUACGGCCAAGGUAUGAAUGCAGCCUUUGAAGACUGUCUCGAUCUCUACCACUGCAUCAAAGAUUUUGCCAACAAACAUGAACACCACCAAGACGUCACAACCGGACACGACCAAGUCAAGAUCGAUACCAACCUCUGGAAAAAGGCAUACCAACUCUACCAACUCCACAGAAAGGCCAAUUCAGACGCCAUUGCAGAGAUGGCAGUCGAAAACUUUUACGAGAUGCGUGAUCAUGUCGCAGACCCCAUCUUUUUGUUUAAAAAGAAAUUGGAACAUCUCUUGGAGGAUACUUAUCCAGGUCGUUAUAUCUCUCGUUAUGAAUUAAUCUCCUUUUCCUGUGUACCAUACGCCGAUGCUCAACGUAUUGGCAUCAUCAACCAACAAAUCCUAAGCAAUCUUGUCAAUCCAAAUGAUUUGGAUCUUUCAAAAAUUGAUCUCAAACUUGCUGAUAAACUUAUUAAAGAAUUAUUAAAUAAAUAA